ACUACCCCUCUCAUUAAUUCACCCUUCUCGCCCAAUCCUCCUACCCGCAUUCAUUAUACCCUCCUGUCCUUCUUUUCGCACCUCUUCUCCUUCCUAGAUCCAAUCCGCCCAAUUAUUUCUCCCUCUUCUCCUAGAACCCUAGAUCUCAUCCCACAUCUAAUGGAUUCGCAUGACUAUUUCUUGGAUCCUAUCAUUCCGGAGACGGAAUUUCAAGAUUGUUGGGGUGAGGUUGAAGAUUUAAUCUCUGAUGACAGCGAGGUGGAGGAGGUUAUUGUAAUCCAUAGCGGUGACGAGGUCAUCGUCAUCGAUAGUGAAGAUGAUGGUGCCGAUCCUGCCCCGAUCAGAGAAAUGCAGUGUUUUAUCAACAUUCAAUCUCAAGAAGAUUGUAUUUUUGUUGAUGGGAGGCAGGAGGGUGACGAGAUGGAGGAGUUUGAGAGAGCUGGGCCUCCAAGAAGUGCAGUUUCCAGCAAAACAGAAGAAAAUGAAGAGCACAGAUGCAAGGACAGCAACCCGAAGAAAAUGAAGAGCAUCCCGAAGAAACGUGCAAGGACCGCAGCUUGGAGAAACGUGCAAGGACAACAGCCCGAAGAGAGUUCAAGGACCGCAGCCCGGAGAAACGUGCAAGGAUAGCACCCCGAAGAAAAUGAAGAGCAGCCCGAAGAGAGUUCAAGGAUUGCAGCCCGAAGAAACGUGCACGAAUAGCAGCUCGAAGAAAGUGAAGAUCAGCCCGAUGAGAGUUCAAGAACAGCACCCCGAAGAAAUGUGCAAGGACAGUAGCCCGAAGGAAAUGAAGCGCGGCCCGAAGAGAGUGCAAGGACAACACCCCGAAGAAAAUGAAGAGCACAUAUUCAA